AAAUCGUUCUUUUGGUAGGAACAUGACUCAUUUGCAGAUUAACGUUGUGUGUUUACGUUUUCAAUGUAAGGCAACGUGACCAACCAUCUGAUUGGCUGUCAACAAGAACUUCUUGAACGAAACUGAAAGCUGAUUGGUCAGUUGUUUAAAGGAGCCGUCCCCCACGUUGUACGUCACCCAGCUUUUGUCAUUGUUCAGCAGCUGCUUUGGAAAGUCCCUGGCAGCUAGAUCGGACUCAGGCUGGAGAACCGUGGAAAGCUGUGUCACGUUAAAUGAAGAAAGCAGUUAUUUUGCUCGCUUUCUUCCUUCUGCUGAUAUAAAAUUAUGUUAAAGCCGCGAUUCUGCGCCCAGACGUUUAGAUGUUCCCCUCAGAGUGCUAGCUAGUGUUAGCAGGCUAGCUUUUUGUGUGGCUAGCUGCUGGUCUUAGUGAUGUUUUGUUUUUGUUGAAGUAGCCAGCCCUCCCGUCGUCUGGGAGAGGAGCUUCAUCAGCUGUGAAUGGAAAAACGUCCUCUCGACGUCUUCUUAUUUACUGACAUUUUCUGUGGAAGUGAGCAGUGAAAUCCGCUGCUGGUAGAGCGACGCGGUUAGAAGGUAGAGUUUGAUAGAAGAGGAGGGAGAUGGGAAACUGUUUAAAAUCUCCGACCUCGGAUGAUAUUUCUCUGCUACACGAAUCGCAGUCGGACCGAGCCAGCUAUGGAGACGGUGCUGACCCAGAUCAGGAGCCACCGCCCCCCUAUCAGGAGCAGAUCCACGUUCCUGUCUACCACCCAACUCCCAGCCAGGCCCGCCUGGCCACCCAGCUGACAGAAGAGGAGCAGGUCCGGAUCGCUCAGCGGAUCGGACUCAUCCAACACCUACCGAAGGGCGUGUACGACCCAGGGCGAGACGGCUCAGAGAAGAAGAUCAGAGAGUGCGUCAUCUGUAUGAUGGACUUUGUUUAUGGAGACCCCAUCCGGUUCCUGCCCUGCAUGCACAUCUACCACCUGGACUGUAUAGACGACUGGCUGAUGAGAUCCUUCACCUGCCCCUCCUGCAUGGAGCCUGUGGACGCUGCGCUGCUCUCCUCCUACGAGACCAACUGACACAAGCACCCCCUGGACCACACAGGACCUGAACAAAUCCAUGGACACUCUAAAUACACUAAACAUCAACUUCCCCAACUUAUAUCCUGGAUUAGUAAGAUGGUGAUUUCAAAGCAUUGAUCGUAAAAUAACGUAGGAUGAAUAAUGUUUGUGCAUAAAAAUUUAUAAUUAUAAAUAUAUGUACGGUGUGUGU